AUGGCCAACAACAGCGCCAGCGGGUUGGCCAAAACCUCGCCCAUCCUCAUUGUCGGCGCUGGUGUAUUCGGCUUGAGUACCGCCAUCCACGCAGCGCGCCGGGGAUACACCAAUAUCACAGUGUUCGACCGUCAAUCGUAUGAACAAUCCAAUUAUGAUUUUGACAAGGGUUGCGAUGCUGCUUCAGCAGAUAUCAACAAAAUCGUACGUACUGCCUACGGAGACGAGGUAGAUCAUCAAGAAAUGUGUACCGAGGCUAUUAAACAGUGGCGAGAAUGGGAUCAAGAGGCGGCGUCCGGGAAAGACCUCCCCCCGGGCAUGACGACGGAAGACAGAGUCUUCGUCAACAACGGCAGCUUGUCUCUAAGCGCCACUAAGCGCUUGGAUAAGUAUGAGGUCGAUUCUAUUCACGGCAUGAGAGCUGCCGGGCUCGGGAAGUCGGCUCUCGUGACGACGGAUGAGAAGGACCAAGCCGAGGCCAACAAACGAGGUUUCGCAUAUGCCAUCGAUCCAUUCCGGCGCAAGGAAAAAGGGCUACCGUAUAUCGGCUUGCUUGACACCACAGGCGGCUAUGCGGUAGCUGAUAACGCGUGCCGGGUGGCUCUUCACAAAGCCAAGAGACUGGGUGUGAGGUUUAUUCUUGGAGAGAGCAGGGGUGCAUUGAAGGAGUUGGUCUAUCGCGACCAAUUCAGGACUGACGUGACUGGAAUCGUUACGGAAGACGGCUCAGUCUAUAGCGGCUCACUCGUGCUCCUUGCUUGCGGUGGGUGGACGCCUGCAUUGGUGCCUCAGCUCGAUGGGAUUACCGAGGCCACGGCCGGGUCUGUGGCCCUCGUGAAGAUCCCUCUUACUUCCCGCUUGAGGGAGAAGUACUCUCCGAAGAACUUCCCAACUUUCCAGUUCAAGAUGUACGGUGGCAGAAACGGAGGACUCUAUGGGUUCGCGUGUGACAAUCGCGGCGUUUUGAAGAUAGGUUACCGAGGCACCAGAUACACCAACCCCUUAGUCCAGCCGGACGGUAAGGAAAGGAGCAUUCCCAUAACCCGUUGGACACUACCAAACCGCACUGAUAAGAUCGCUGCCCACGCCCUAGCUGUGAUCAACCAGUUCAUUGACGAAGAAAUGCCCGACGUCCGGGCCGAAGGCCUUGGUAUAACACGCACUCGGCUAUGCUGGUAUACAGACACCUUUGACGACCACUACAUUAUCGAUUACGUGCCGGGGAGCACGAGUCUGAUGGUGGCAACAGGAUGUAGUGGGCACGCUUUCAAGUUUCUUCCCAACAUCGGGAAACACGUAGUCGACAUCUGGGAGAGGUCAGGGACGGACCAACUGCCCAAGUCGAGAUGGCUGUGGAGGCAGCUGCGUGAGGGUCAGAAGCCAGACAACAUCAUCAUGCAAGGGAGCGCAGGACCAAACACUUUGUCGAAAGCGAAUCUGGUACUUGCGGGACAGGAGGCACCCCAUGCCAAGCUGUGA